AUGUUUGAGGCUCGGUUGCCGCAAGCUGAUGUAUGGAAGAAAGUCAUUGACGCCAUCAAAGAGUUGGUGCAAGAGGCGACAAUUGACUGCUCUGAUACUGGCAUUAGCCUUCAGGCAAUGGACAGUGCGCACGUCAGUCUUGUUUCCCUCUUAAUGCGUAGCGACGGGUUUGAAACAUUCAGGUGUGAUCGAAAUAUGUCCCUCGGUCUCAAUAUCGCAAGUGCUGCGAAAAUCCUGCGAUGCGCUGGCUCCACUGAUUCAAUAACUCUUAAAGCUGGAGACAAGGCUGACACCAUAACCUUUCUUUUCGAGUCAAAGAAUCAAGAGAAGGUUUCUGAAUUCGAACUUAAACUCAUGGAUCUUGAUGUCGAUCAUCUCGGCAUUCCUGAAACUGAUUAUAAGUGCGUUAUCAGAAUGCCUGCUUCGGAACUUCAGAGAAUCUGCCGCGAUCUUGGACAGAUCGGUGAUUCUGUCGUUAUUACUGUGGCCAAGGAUGGCGUUGGGUUCAGCUCUACCGGCGACCUAGGUUCAGGAAAAAUUAAGCUUUCCCCGAGUGGCAACGCGGAUAAACCCGAGGAGUCCAUUUCAAUAGAGAUGAGUGAGUCUCUCACCAUGACCUACUCUCUGCACUACUUCAAUAUCUUUGCGAAAGCCGCGCCUUUGUCCAGUCAAGUGAUUCUAUCACUCACUGCUGACGUACCCGCAGUCGUCGAGUUCCCGAUUGAGGAUUUGGGACACAUACGCUACUAUCUUGCACCUAAAAUUGAGGACGAUGAGGCGUGA